CACAGGACCUAUAAACUACUUUUAAGCCCAACAAGCGAAUUCGCAGUCUUCCUUUUCACUCUUAGUCUCAAGGAACAACAGUUUCUUGUUUCUUUCUAAGUCCGCGACAAAAACACUUUAAUGUGUUAUAUUGAAAGUUCACAAUCAUGCAAUUAACCAGUGCAUUAACGAAAGGCAACCCUCUUCUUUCCCUCUUAUCUAGAUUUCUGUGUGUGCGUCAUCAUUCAUCAGCCAACUUGUUUGUCGCAGGACUUACCUGGAAUACCAAUGAAUCGAUUCUGAGAGAUGCCUUUGAGAAACAUGGUGAAAUCGUUGAAGUUAGAGUAAUAUGUGAUCAUGUGACUGCGAAAUCAAGAGGUUAUGGAUUCGUGCGGUUUGUUUCUGAAACUGCAGCUGCUACAGCUCGCAAAGAAAUGAAUGGCCAGACACUGGAUGGAAGACGCAUUCGGGUUACUUAUGCACACAAAGGCUAGGGACUAAGUCCGUCAAACAAUUCAUGGUUGCAGCAUAUUAACUUACGAGUUUUGCAUUGUGUCUUUCUUUGUGAAUUUCUGAGUUAUUCUUGUUUUAAGAUUUUAUAGUUCUGUUGUCCCAUUAUUAUUUGAAAACACUUGUUAUAUUAUGAGGACUUUGACAUCAUGGUCAAGUUCCUUAGGACACUGAGGUUUUAUACGCCCAAGUUAAGCUUAUUUUGUAAUGGAUUUAAUGGUGUGGUUUUGGAAACUAGCAGGCAACAAUAUUAAUAUAAGAUAGUUGAGACCAUAUAACUUGCAGCUCAGUGUUUUUCAGGUUUGAUUUGUCUUUUUCUUUUUGCAAUGUUACUGAUGGCCAAAUGAAUGUGCACUGACAGUAACCAUUUGAAACUUACAUUUAGUUUCCCAAUCUAUUUUCACAUGCACUUAAAUGGUUUUAGCUAUUCAUUAUAAUUGGUCACUUAAAAGUUUCUCAAUGUAUUUUGACCAUUACACGAAUUCUCAGAUUUUGGAAAAAGGAAUGAUCAUUUCCUGUUGUCAUUGAGUGACAAUCCGUAUAACCGAAACUCCUUGAAUUACAAAUUCUAAUGCAGACAUUUGAUAACACUUCACAUUCAAACCAACAUGUGUCUUGGCUUUUAGUUCUGAGAACACUUCAAUUCAAACUACCAUGUGCCUUGGCUCUUACUUCAGGGAAAAGCAAAUCAUGUGUCUAAGAUUGAAUUCAUCAGCAAAUCAUGUGUCUAAAGAUUGAAUUCAUAGAUUGUGUCACUUUCAUAUUGUGUUAAUAGAUGUGUUCAUCGGUCUCUACAAACAGAGAUAUUAAUUUUCAGGAGUUUAAGCUACUGAAUGCGAAGGCAGAAAAAACAAAACAGUUGAUGAAAAACCUCAAAAACUUAAUUCAUCCCAAUGUAGCCAUCUUCAGAAUAAUAACUUAUAUCUAAAUUUCAGUGCAGACUAAACAACAAGGUACAAUCCUUGAAUAGAAACAAGAGUAAUAUGUGAUCAUUUGACUGCGAAAUCAAGAGGUUAUGGAUUUGUGCGGUUUGUUUCUGAGACUGCAGCUGCUACAGCUCGCAAAGAAAUGAAUGGCCAGGUUUUUUAUUUUUUUCAUCUCUCCUGUUUGUUUGAGAUUAAUUCAUUCUUUUAUAUCACAACAAAUAUUUCGAAUCCAGUUAUAAAACUUUUGAAGGGAAUUAGAACAUGAAUAUUUGGUAUCAAACACUGCAUCAAUUUAAUCAUUUCAAUACAUAGAGGCUGUGCACAAUCCCAUUUUUUUCAAUUUAAACUAAAACUAAAACCCUACAUAUUGAAAUUUAAGAUUACAACAUUAGAUCCAAUAGAUACAACUAAUAAACAUAAGGGAUCAAGAACACAGGUCAGAAAUAAGAUAACUUGUUCAAGAACUGGUGAACUUGGUAACAGCCUUGGUACCCUCAGAGACAGCAUGUUUGGCCAAUUCUCCAGGCAAUACAAGCCUGACCGCAGUUUGGAUUUCCCUUGAAGUGAUGGUGGGUUUCUUGUUGUAGCGGGCAAGUCUAGAAGAUUCCUGGGCAAGCUUCUCGAAGAUAUCGUUGAUGAAACUGUUCAUGAUGCCCAUGGCCUUGCUGGAGAUACCAAUGUCAGGGUGAACCUGUUUCAAGACCUUGAAGAUGUAGAUCUUGUAUGUCUCCACACUCUUCUUGCUUCUCUUCUUCUUCUUAUCACCGCCAGCUCCUCCCUCCUUUGGAAGCUUCUUUCCUGCCUUAGGCUUCUUCUCCGCCGGAGCCUUGUCUCCUACUGUGGACUUCUUCUCCUCUACAGGCUUCUUCUCUGCUGGCUUCUUCUCUGCCUUUGGUGCCAUAUCUAGAGCAGAAGUUAGUGCUCUGAAAAGAGUUAGGGUUUCGAAUUGAGAUUCAGAAAGCUUAAUGGAAAAGCUAUUGAAGGUGU